AUGCCUAUUCACACGUCACCGUUCCCUACCACACACGAUACAAUCGGCGCAUCAACCCUGAGCUCACCAGCGAGGGUACCAUCCUCUCCGCCGUCGCCGUCACCUCAGUCGCGUCGAAACAUUGAUAACGGCCAUGGAAGCUCCAACGGAGCAAACAAUCAAUUGACGUCCGCGUCGAAUGGCGUUGCUGCAAUAGAUCUAGACAAGCGACUCUCACAAUACACCGUCGAUUGGACCAAGUUCCCUGGAGGAAGUAAGGAGAAGGUCGAAGAUGUGUUUGAGGACGAGGACCAGGGACCAGAGUUUGGCGGGCCGGAAGAUUUCACAUUGAAUUUGGAAAAAUACUUGAAGGGCACGGCGUCUCCGGAAGACAGAAAACAACCAGACGAAGAUGACACAGAUCCAGAAGAAGACGCACUGCCAGAUUACUCACCCUCACCGUCGCCGCGGGUCCGGCAUCACCACAGCCAGAAUCAAGAGGAAGUCGAAGAAAGCGAAUUCGGCCCACCGGUAGACAUGUCCACACCGUCGCACUUGAUGUGGCGCAAGAAUUAUAGUUCGGGUAAAGAAGAAACGCGCUUGGAAGAUAUUGAAGAAAGUCUUCCUAGCUCCCCCGAGAAGGACAAUAGUCCUUCUAAGAACGGCGAUGAGAAUGACAUGGAAGAAAGCCGGACAUAUACGACCAUAUUUCGAGAAAUCGAGGAUUUGCAGAAGCAGCGACGGGAUUGGGAUGAGAAGAUUAAAGAGAAUGAAAGUCAACUGGCAUCUGCGAGAGAUGAGAUUGAGCAUCUCCGAGCAGAGCUCCGGCGCAAAGAUACGUUGCUAUCAGAGGCUAGUGAUCGGCUCGGUGAGGAGGGUAUGCUACGAGAACAGCUCAAAGCAUUGAAAUUAAAGGCAGAUGAGAAGGCUACAAGUAGCGGGGACGAUUCAGAAAAUAUUGCGAAACUGCAGGAGGAAUUGAGGGAUGCGCGAGAGCAGUUGGAAAAAAGAGACGAGGCUUUGGAAGAUGGCGGCACAAAGCUACGUGAGCUGACUGCAAGCAGUGAGCUGCAACUGCGCCAGAAGAACACUGAGAUUGACGAUCUCAAAGCUCAUAUUGACGAAAAGGAACUACAAAUUGCAGAAACGGACGAGGAGUUGACAGAAGUUCAACGGCAAUAUGAAGCUUUGAAAGGCAGGAUCGAGUCACUGGAGAUGCGCAAUAGUCCGCUUGAAGAGAAAAACAUUCUGCUCGAAAAGGAGUUGAGCAGUGUGAGAGCUGAGCUCGCUUCACAGAGAAACGCCGUCUUGACGAUGGCGGUUGAUUUGUCCGUUGAGAUCGAUGGGAAGGAUUACCACGACGUUAUUCGUAGUCUUCAACUGCAAUUGAAGGAAAUGAAAGAGUCCAGUCACAACCAUGGAAAAUCUACCCAGGUAGAAGAGGAGCUUCAAAGCAAACUAGACCAGGCGCAAUCUGCACUGCAACGAACUGUCUCCGAAAAGGAAGCUGCUGAGACAGAAUGGCAACGAUCAAAGGACCUACUCGUUGAAACCCGCAGUCUCAUCACAACGAUCGAAGGGGAGAAUACUCGCCUGGCCGCGCGGAUUCAAGAACUCAAUUCCAAUUUCGCUAAAGUCCGUGAGGAAGUUGAUCGGUUGAAAGAACAACAUCGACAAGAAUUAGCAUCCAUCAAUGUUCAGCCCACACCAGUACAACCCGCCAUCAAUAAUCCAGACCGAAUGAAUGAACUCCGCGAAGCCCACCGCCUCGAAAUCCAAAACCUCCGCGAAAUCAACACCAACACCAUCAACGACCUCCGUACCUCCUACAACGACACAAUCCAACAUCUCCGCGCAGUGCUCUCCACCUCCGAAAAGCGCGCAACCUCUUUACACAAUCAACUUCUAUCAACACAAGCAACAAUAACUACCCAAUCUAACGAAAUCAAUGUACUAAAAUCCGAAAUCGAGCAAUUACAAUCCACUCUAGCUUUAAAAGAAGAAACAUCCGCCGAAAUGGAUAAAAUGAUUGCCAAAUCGAUCGAGAAGCGAGAACGUGAGUGGGAGCGGAAGACGGAGUUGUUGCUCAAGGAAAGGGAUAAGAUGGGCAAAGCGUUGAUGUGGGCUUGGGGCGAGAAGGAAGUUGGCAAACCAUCUUCUGCUGAGCGGACGAAGAGCCGUGAAAAUGGUGGUGGUGGUGUUUCCGGGGAUGGGUCUGGCCCUGAGGAGAAGAAAGCGAGGCAGGGGUAUCGGUAUAAGUAUGUCGUGCGGUCUUGA